AUGUCCGCCCUUCCCCCCUUCGCCCACCACUGCGCCGCCGUCCUCCGACAGCUCUGCUCGGAAUCCGGCGCCGCCCCCGGGCGGCGCCGCCUGAAGGAGCUUCACUGCCUCGUGUUGAAGACCUCCGUCGCCUCAAGCUCGGACCCCUUCGUCUUCAACACCCUCGUCACCCUCUACGCGAGAUGCGGUCUUCUACCCCACGCCCGCCGCGUGUUCGACGGAAUUCCCCAUCGGAACCUCUUCUCGUGGAACGCUAUUCUCUCCGCCUAUUCGAAGUCUUCGAACCUCCCUGAGAUGGAGGAGAUUUUCCGGGGCAUGCCCUCACGCGACGGAGUCUCAUGGAACGCUCUCAUCUCCGGCUACGCAUGCUCGCGUGAGAGUGGCCGCGCAGUUGAAACUUAUUCACUUAUGCUGAGGGAAGGUUGUUCGAAGCCCAAUCGGAUCACAUUCUCGACGAUGUUGACUUUGUGUUCGGCAUGGCCAUCUGCAACGGUCGGCCGCCAGGUCCAUGGACAGAUAGUGAGGAGCGGGUUCGGAGGCUACCCCUUUGUAGGCAGCCCUCUGGUGGACAUGUACGCGAAGGUUGGGCUGAUUAUUGAUGCCAAGAAGGUUUUUGAAGAAAUGCCCGUGAAGAAUGUGGUUAUGUACAACACAGUGAUCACUGGGCUUCUGCGCCGGAGCAUGGUGGACGAUGCCAAGAACCUGUUUCGUGAGAUGCCCGAGAGGGAUUCCAUAUCGUGGACCACUCUGAUCACAGGCCUCACCCAGAACGGGAUCGAGGAAGAAGCCCUGGAAUUCUUCCGGGAGAUGGGGCUGCAGGGCGUGGCCAUGGACCAGUACACCUUCGGCAGCAUUCUGACGGCCUGCGGCAGCCUCUCAGCCUUGGAGCAUGGUAAGAAGAUCCAUGCCCAUAUAAUCAGGACCUGCCAGGAGGAUAAUGUGUUCGUAGGCAGUGCCCUGGUCGAUAUGUACUCAAAGUGUGAGCGCGUGAAGCACGCAGAAGCAGUCUUCAGGCGAAUGAGCUCCAAGAAUGUCGUCUCUUGGACGGCGAUGCUGGUGGGCUACGGUCAGAACGGCCUCAGCGAAGAGGCUGUCAGGGUUUUCUGCGAGAUGCAGAGACAAGGGGUCGAACCGGAUGACUUCACCCUCGGGAGCGUCAUCAGCUCCAGCGCCAAUCUGGCGAGCUUGGAGGAGGGAGCGCAGCUGCAUUGCCUGGCGCUGGCGUCAGGUUUGACCUCAUUCGUCACGGUCUCCAAUGCGAUUAUUACUCUGUAUGGAAAGUGUGGUAGCAUCGAGGACUCGCAGAGGCUGUUCGACGAGAUGGAUAUCAAGGACCAGGUCUCAUGGACGGCUCUAGUGUCGGGUUAUGCCCAGUUUGGGAAGGCGAAGGAGACGAUGCUGCUCUUCGAGAGGAUGCUCUCCGACGGCAUAAAGCCAGACGGGGUCACAUUUAUCGGCGUUCUUUCAGCCUGUAGCAGAGCAGGGCUGGUGGAGAAGGGGCGGGAGCUCUUCAAUUCCAUGCCCAAGUAUGGAGUCUCCCCGAUCGCCGAUCAUUACACCUGCAUGAUCGAUCUGUUCAGCCGGGCAGGGAGGCUCCAGGAAGCGGAGAAUUUCAUCAAACAGAUGCCGGGUCAACCCGAUGUGAUUGGUUGGGCGACGAUGCUUAGCUCGUGCAGAAUCCACGGUAACCUGGAGAUCGGAAGGUGGGCGGCAGAUUCUCUGAUGAGACUGGAGCCGCAGAACCCUGCGAGCUAUGUGUUGCUGGCGAAUAUGUACGCCUCCAGAGGAGAAUGGGCCGAGGUGGCCGAGCUGAGGAAGAGGAUGAGGGCUAGGAGGGUGAGGAAGGAGCCCGGCUGCAGCUGGAUCAAGCACAAGAACAGGGUCCAUAUCUUCUCCGCCGACGACCGAUCCAGUCCUUACUCUGAUCAAAUCUACGCCAAGCUUGCCUGGCUGAACGAGAAAAUGGUGGAAGAGGGAUAUAAUCCUGAUACGAGCUCCGUCCUGCAUAAUUUGGAGGAGUCCGAGAAGGUGCAGAUGCUGAGCCACCACAGCGAGAAGCUCGCCAUCGCGUUCGGGCUGAUCUUCGUGGCUGAUGGAUUACCCAUAAGGGUUGUCAAGAAUCUUCGGGUCUGUGUCGACUGCCACAGCGCCACCAAGCAUAUAUCCAAGAUAACGGGAAGGGAGAUCCUCGUGAGAGACACAGUCCGGUUUCAUCUGUUUAAAGACGGGCUGUGUUCUUGCGGAGAUUUCUGGUGA